AUGUCCGCGCCUCAGUCAGUCGCCGACUCUGUUUUGGGCCUGACUCAAUCCGAGUUACUUCUCUUCCGACAACAGCAACAGAUCCUGGCCCAGCGAAGCCAUCACGGCGGCGGCAUGCCCGACCGCGGCCGCGGCACCAGCCGACAGUCUCAGCCUAGUUCUCGUGCCGCCAGCGCCGCCAGCAGUCAGGGGGUGACUGGUCGGAUUAUACUAGAUCCGCACAGUCUGCAAAACUUGUAUUUGCACCUGGAUAAUCUGAUGAGGUCCAUCCAGCGCCGCAUUGGAGAACUUGAAGAAGCUACCGAACAAUCCGUGCAAACUCAGAGCAGUCGAGCCACCAGCGCCAUGCAUGAUGCAGACGCCCAGAUCACCAGAAUGCGACGCAUAUUACGGGACAUCGACACCCUCGAGCAGGACUUUGAGAAGAUCAAGAAAAUCAGGGACAAGGUCAAGCAGCUGAGGAAUAACGUCGACCAGGUGAGUGAGCGGCUGGAACGGAGUCGUCCGAGCCCCCACGUGGCUGGAGCCCGCCCGAGGCGAUGA